AUGACCCUUCUCGAAAAUGUGAAGGUUGUGGAUCACGGCACUGCUUCCAAGUCCCUUGGAAUCUCCAAGGCCGCAUGUCGCAUAUGGUUCAUUCGACUUCAACAAAAACACGGGACCAAGGUUAAGGGAAAUGGGACUCCUCGCGGCAAGCAGGCACAGGGCCACCCCAACAACGAGGAAGCGACGGCUGGAGAGGGGACCAACAAGUAUGGGGCCAUCGAGAACUGA